AUGAUCUUUGCUGGCCUGAUCGUUUGGAGAGGAGAAGCACAACCAUCUGAAUUCGUUCCUCAGCAGGAGCAUGGGUCAUCAAAGGAGCAGUUCUUGCCACCUCUACUGCUGCCUGGACGAACUACGCAUUCGCGAAUGUUUCCUCAGAAGCAUUCUUUUGCGUAUUCUUACUUCUCUGUGGGAGUACCUGUCAACUUCAAGGGCUGUGCUGGAUCUAUGCUUUCUACCAAUCUGGAGUUAUUGCCGCCGAAUGAGAGAAGGAAGGGAUGGUUCAAUGUCAAUGCUGCGGAUUAUCUGUAUCGAGGUGGACCAGAGCGUGGACUUGAGGAGCGUUUACGAUGCUACCUCCGUGGAGAGGGCGUACCGGAUGAAGCCUGGUCUUUUGCCUACCUAGUGACAGCACCAAAGUUCUUAGGCUACUCAUUCAACCCUGUGUCUUUCUGGUACAUCUACGACAGCUCAAGAAAGCUGACUAUGAUGGUCUUGGAAGUCAACAAUACCUUUGGAGAACGCCGUCUAUAUCUUCUCAAAGCUGAAGAGAAGGCUUCGGACGAGUCUGUCCCAGAUGGCUUCGAGGCACCUGCCAAAGCAACCAAAUUCACCAAUGCGUGGGUCAAGGAUUUCCAUGUCUCACCUUUCAACUCACGUAAAGGCACAUAUUCUCUGACCGCGGCUGAUCCAGUCGCUGCUUUGAAGACUGGCUCGAAAGUGCUGGACAAUGUUGUCGUACUCAACUCGUCCAAAGCACAUGCCAAGUUGGUUGCUCGUGUGUACUCAGAUGGCGAUCACAUGGAUCCCGCUACCAUGAGCACUUCUCAAGCUCUGAGACUACUAGCAUCCUGGUUCUGGGUCGGCUUUUUGACUUUCCCAAGAAUCAUCGCUCAAGCAUACCAGUUGUACUUCAAGCGUAAGAUGCACGUUUGGUUUAGACCAGAGGUCCUGGCAUCGAGCAUCGGACGCACGCAUACUUUGUCUGAAGCAAUUCUGGAAGCCUUCUUCCGUGCUUAUCUUGGUUCCUUGGUCGACAACGCAUCUGCACCUCUGAGACUCACCUAUACGCCAGCAGGUGGAUUGGGCGAGUCUGUCAUCAUGACGUCCAAGGAAGUCAAAGACGAUGACCAGGUCAAGGAAUUGACAGUACGAGUCAUCUCUCCAGCCUUCUACACACGCUUCGUACACUACUCCCACACCACCGAAGCCUUCGACCGCGAAUCUCUGCACACUGAUCCUAAGAACCGCACUCUCGUCUUUGAAAACGCAGAAAAUCUACCUCUCCUGCUUUCUUCCUCUACAUCUUCCUUCACCAUCAAAAGCAAUCUCGGCAAAAUCGACCAAUACCGCUGGCAACUCCUACAACGUCUCCGCUCUCCACCUCCAGCCACAGCAUAUCCCGACUCUGAUACCACUAUCAGCGACAGAGCCAGCGUCCAAGAUAUCCGCAAAAUGCCCUCCUCACCACUUGAUCAUUUCGCUAUAUCCCUUCUCCACGAUGACGGCAGGUAUAGUGAUGUGGUUAAAGCGCAGAUUCUGAAAAAUGCAUCAGUUCUACUUCGUGUUGAAGAAACUAGUUUGGCAGCGGUUUAUAGGGAUACUGUCACUAAAGUGUUUAUUGCCGACACGUAUCUCUUGGGCUUUGAAGGAUUGCUGUCGGUGAUAGAUCUGGUUGUGAGGAUUUUGUUGGUGGUUGUGUGGUUCAAGUUCUUCGCCACGGGACAAAUUGGACAGAUGAAGUUGGAGAAGGGCGAGAGGGCUUGGGCUGCGUUUGGGUGGAAGUUGUGUGCGUGGGUCGUGCAGAAUGGAGUGCAUUUGUGGUAUGCUGUUAAAAGUGCUUGA